AUGGGGAGAUUGGUCAUCUUUGCAGGCGAGAAGCCUAAUGGGGUGGCGCUUUGUAGGGGAAUUAUGCACGGGUGGGAUGCUUUUCAAAAGAAUACAUACUUGGUGGUAGGUGAUGGCAAAAGGGUUAAGUUUUGGGAGCAUGUGUGGUGUGGGGAAGUGAGUUUGCGGGAAGCGUUCCCGAGUAUUUAUAUUUUGGCUUGCGACAAAGAAGCUAGUGUUUUUUAUUAUCUUCGUUUUCAUGAAGGAGUUGUAGUAUGGGACAUUAGUUUGCGUAGGAAAGUGAAUGAGUCACCAGAAGAGGCUUUGAUUGCUUUGCUUUUAGGAGUGCAUGAUAUUCGAAGGAUAGGAGAAGGGGAGGAUGAGAUUCGGUGGAAUUUAUCAAAAGAUGGUUCUUUUCAUGUGAAAUUCCACUAUCAAUCUCUUUGUGGGAGGGGCAACUCUUCCUUUCCUUGGCAAGCAAUUUGGAAGACGUUGGCGCCGUUAAAGGUAAGCUUUAUUAUUUGGUGUGUGGCUCAAAGAAAAAUUCUCACGAUUUAUAAUUUGAUCCGAAGGCGGAUAAUCAUUUUCAAUUGGUGUUGUAUGUGCAAAAGGGAUACGGGUCGGUUGAUCAUCUCCUUAUUCACUACCCGGUGGCAUGGGAGCUUUGGACCGUGGCAACUUCUUGGUUGGUAUUCGGUGGGCUUUGUCGAGAAAUGUGAUGGAACUCCUAAAUUGCUUGGAAAGGUGCUAACGUGGGAAAGAAACAGAAGUGGGUUUGGACUUUGAUCCCUCUUUGUUUGAUGUGGAUCACAUCGCCGGAAAGAAAUUCUAGAUGCUUUGAAGUUUGAAGGGGUUGAAAAAUCGUUGGUCAGUAUCAAAAGUUUUUUGAUGAAUAGCUUGUAUAGUUAGGACAAGAGGGCUGGUAAUCCUUCUCUUGACCAAUUCUUAGAUUGGUUUGAGCUUUUCCUUUCACAUGGAAGUGUAUAGGGUCUUUUUGUCUUGUGGCCUCUUUUUGUAUACGGGUGGCAUUCCCUUAAUGCCUUCUUUCUAAUAUAAUUAUUUUCUUAUCACAAAAAAAAAUGAACUUCAGUUUAUUCUAGCAAAAAAACAAAUGAACUACAGUUCCACAACACGAUAGAAGCGAAGACAAUUAAAUAACCCAACACUUGGUCUUCAGGUACCCAAUAUCGAACAACAACAAAUGAACAAACUCAAAAUUGAAUCAUUCUCCA